GUCAAAGUUUUAGGUUAUCGUCAAGUGUACAUUAAACACAAAAAGUUUAUAAAAAAAACUAAAUUUUAAGUGAAAUGUAGCAACACUGUCAGAUAUGGGAGCAGGGGGAAGUAAAACAGUGAUCACCAGUACAUUAAAACAUUGCACGUUAUGGAAAGCAGACCGAUGCCCCGCGUGCCGAGCGGUGAUGAUGGCUCUGGAUGCUAUGAACCUAAGCAUCACUGAAAUUGACAUAAACAUGGACAAAGGGGAGCAUAGAACGCCAGAAAUGGCGGUUAUGAACCCCAUCCAAACGCUACCAAUAUUUAAAGACAGAGAACUGGUGUUAUGCGACAGCCAUGCUAUCAAUACAUAUCUGGCAUCUCGUUACAAUAACUGUGGACAAUUGUUGCCUGUAGACCCCGGAGGACGAGCUAUAGUCGAUCAACUGUUACAUUUUAAUAGCGGCGUCUUGUGUCCGCUAUAUCGUUCUGCAGCGUAUCCAAUAAUGCACGAGAAUUGCAAUUUUGUGAUGCCACAGCAAGUUUCUGGUAUACAAAGUGCCUACUGUGAUUUGGAAUGCAUGCUAGUUGGACGAACCUGGCUCAGAGGCAGCUGGCCAACACUCGCGGAUAUAUCUAUCGCUGCCACAGUCAGCACCUUACAUAUUCUAGUUCCGAUAGAUAAAUCAAAAUAUCCUCGAUUGUCUUCGUGGUUAUAUCGCAUGUCUGAAGAAUUAUUCUACAUCACAGCCAAUAAAAAGGGUCUCGGAGAAUUUUCGAGAAGAAUAGAUUCUGGCUGUGUUUGCGAUGAAAAAGAGUUCAAAUGUCCUCGAACUUCGAUCGGAAGACGAUUAGGUGCAGUAACCAGUGAGACGGAAAAUAAGUAAAUAAAAACAAAAAAAAAAUAUACCAUCAUUAUAAUUUUUGAUAAAAUGAUAUAUUUUUUAUAUGGAUAAUAUAUAAUAAGCAGAUAAAUGCCAUUAUUUUAUUCUCUA